AAUGUGAAGUGUUUAUUGUAGAAGAUAAAUAUUGCAUUUAAGGAACAUGAUUUUUGCAAAUUCUACUUGUUUUUAAUGGAUAAAGUUAUUAUUUUACAAAUAAAAAAUUUGUAAACUUAAUUACUCAGUGGGUUCGUUAACUUUUAUUGAAUCAUAUUAAAUUGAUCGUUCAAAAGGAAAUUUAACAAUGACUGCUGAGGAUGACAGUACUUGGUUGAUUGAAUUGGAGUCAGCAAUCCUAGAUGGCUGCACACCUCAAGAGAUCAAUGCAAUCACGAAAGGGAAAAAAAUACCAGAAAGCUUGAGACCGGAUGUCUGGCUCGUUUGUCUCAACUGUCAUGAUAUGGGUAAUCAGUUACUUAUGUUUGAUGAGAUAUUUGACUUAACAAAUCAGAAUGAAUUAAGGGAUAAUGUAAAAAAGUUUGUAAGGAAGCUUGAUAAUGAUGAUGAUGAAAAAUUAUCAGUUAUUUCAGAUAUUGAAUCAAUUCUCACUUUUUAUUGUAAGUCUAGAUCUAUUACUUAUGCUUCUAACAAUGGUUGGAUAGAAAUACUUUAUCCCCUUCUAAGUUUAAAAUUGCCUAGAUCAGAUACUUAUAACAUGUUUGAAAAAAUCUUGAAGCUAUAUAUUCCAAAUGGAUGCACGUCGAAUGGAGUACCGUUUCACAUAUUGAGGUUAAUUAUUCAGUAUCAUGAUCCUGAGCUGUGUUCCUUUUUGGAUACCAAGCGUAUAACACCUGAACAAUAUUGCAUGCCAUGGCUGAAAUCACUUUUUUCUGGAACUUGUAAUUUGGAAGUGGUGCUCUUCAUGUGGGAUUUGUAUUUCCAAAGAUCUGACCCUUUCUUUAUAUUCUUUCUUUGCUUAAUUAUGAUUAUUAAUGCUAGAGAGCAACUUUUGCAAAUGAAGAAUGAAGAUAAGGCUACAAUAGUUCAGAUACUGAGCAAAAUGCCUAGUGACCUUGAGGCCAAUGAUGUCUCAGACUUUUGUUCAUUAGCACAUUAUUAUUCUUUAAAAACACCUGUGUCGUUCCGAGAAGACGUUUUAGAAGUAUUAUUCUCUGAAAGUGGACUGGAAAUCAAUUCUAAACUUUAUUCUCAAGCUCUAUGUCUUCCUGUGGCUGUUCAUGAGUUAAUUGAAAGUGCCACGGUGGAUGUGGCCGAUGCUGAUGCUGUUAAAUUCUUCCUAGUCGACUGUCGCCCUGCUGAACAGUAUAAUGCUGGACAUUUAUCAACUGCUUUUCAUCUUGAUUGCAAUCUAAUGUUACAAGAGCCUAAUGCAUUUACAACGGCUGUUCAAGGAUUACUGAAUUCCCAACGUCAAGCGUUAGCUGCAGGAUCUUUGGCUGCAGGUGAACACUUGUGUUUCGUUAGUUCUGGUAGAACAGAAGAAGAUAGUUACGCUCAUAUGGUUGUUGCAUCUUUUCUUAAAAAAAAUAUAAAACACGUUUCGAUGCUGGAUGGAGGAUUUGUAGCAAUUCAUGACUAUUUUGGUCCACAUAUGACCGAUUGUUUGGAAGAACAUAAUACAUCUGUUUGUUUGGUCUGUGCGCCAAAUAAUAAUAACAACGAUAAUGUUGUCCAACAAUCAGUUAACAAGACAAGAGAUAAUAUACCGGCUAUUCAGCUAUUCAGCAAGCUUUCGUCCGCUAUGAAAGCAAAAAGUCAAGAAGUUAAGGGAAAAUUAAUAGAAUAUAUCGUGAAUCCAAAUUCGAACGUCAAUAACGGCGAGUGGCACGUGUCGGCGAACGAUCGGAAAGAGCAACGAUACCGCAACGUUCCUCCCGUCUUCAGUAUCAACGACGAGGACGAAGACACACAUUCCGAUUACCGACGAGAUUCGAAUAUAGAUAACAUAGACGAAAUAGUUGAACUCCAAUCGUUCCUCAAAAGCCAAAAUGUUGUGGAUAACUUCUCGUGUCAAGAAGUUUUAUCAAAUGGUUACAUGUUUGAUUCGUAUCUUGUAAUAACGGAAACACAUUUAGUUAUAUUGAGAGAAAUACCAAAUAAGAAGGGCGCUGUUAAAGUUUUAUCAAGGAGGCCACUUUCAACGAUAGUCAAAAUUACGGCCAAAAAGAGGCACCCGGAGUUAAUAACUUUCAAAUAUGGCGUACCAGAUGGCGAUAAUUUAUUAAUCAAAGAUAUGGACAGGUUUUUAAUUCCUAAUGCGGCGGUUGCUACUAAAAUUGUGUCCAAUCAAAUCGUUUCUCAAUUGGAUAAUAAAUUACAGUAAUGGCACGUUAGUCAUCCAAAUUUAGCAGCGAUAGUGAACUCAAUUACGAAAUUUAGAGUAUUCUAUGUUGUAUUCCGUUAUCUGUUACCAUUAAACAAUAUGUACUUAUCUUAGUGAUAGCGAUUUACUGUUCGAAAUACAAAAUUAUCUAUUUCAGUCUGAAAUGCAUGUACAUCCAGGCUUUUUUAAUCCAAUUGGAAUGUAUAAAAUUAUAUAUAUUUAAGAAAAUUAAUUAGUUUUUAAUAAAUUAUGUAAUUAGUUAGUAUAAAUUUUAUAGUACAUUGUGUUUUUAUGUUAGCCUCCAUUAAACAUUAUAAGUGAACAUAUGUAGAUACGUAGUCUCCGCUUAUUUCUCACGAUCGACUCGAUAGCUCACAAAAUCGAUAUAUCAUAUAUUAUAUUUGACAUUAACUUUUGCGUCUCUGUUAGCUUUUGUACAUUUGCACCAACCACCACGUCAUAUGGCUAGAAAACACAUGUAAUAUAUAAGUGUAAUUAUAUACAUAAAUAUUCCUAAUUAAAACUGAUAUAUAGCGUAGUAGUAAUAACACCUGUAUUCCACGACUUUAAAGGUCGGGGGCUUAUUUUACUCGACAGAACUUGUCACAAUGUUUGCCUUUAUCGCUGGGCACGAGAUGAAUUAAAAACAAAAGUUAAGUAGGAAUGUAGACACUCAGUGCGGUUUGUUUUUAUUUAUGUAAACCCACGAUUAUUGGGUAAGGUCCGCGUAUUUUGCUCACUGGGACAUCUCGGCUUCAUUUUAAUUUCACGUGUGUUAAAGCAAUCGCGACAAACAAAUAUUUUCUAAUAAAAAGCAAUUAAUAACCAGUUAUAUCUAGGAUGGUAGCUAGGACCAUGGCAAAUACACUUUUUUCGUUUAAAAUGUUAUUAAUUUGCUAAAAAAGUUUUUUUUUUUAAAUUAAUACUUUCAAGGUAAAUGUGCAAAAUGCCACCUUCGAACCGAAGAAACGGCAAUAAACAGAACCAAAACAAAAAUUACAUUGGGCAGAGAGACGUACCCAGAAUUUACACAGAUUACACCAUUAAUUCAUAUAAUACAUAAUAUAUAGAAAAUCAUUAUGUUAAAGAGUUCCUAAUCAGAGAAAUAUAAUCCGUAACUAAAAGUAAAGUAAUUGAUAACAUUUGACUUUUAUACCGUUUAUUAAAUGCAAAGGAAAGGAAAAGAUAUGAUAAGAUUGAAAUUUAACGAUUAAUUUAUCUUCUGAAACACGUGAGACUACAUUAUCAAAGUAGCACAACAUUUUAUUGUAAUUACCUAAUUUGCUUCCGAUAGUUAGGCUUUCCGUCCUGAUUGCACUCACAAUCAAAUAAUGUGGCAUAAAAAUAUUAAAUGUUUGUAUUGAGUGUGUUUGCAAAAGUAUUUAUAAAAAUAGUCGUGUUAAAUAUAAAUAUAAUCUUAAAAUUUCCGGCGGUCCCGGAUCUUCGGGUCAAACCGGUGUAUCUGCCCCGGGCAGUAAUUAAAUGGCGCAAAAUUCAUAUGGUUAAAAUAUUGCUUCAAGUGCGUUACGCGUCGAAUGCACGCCGUCGUCUUAACGACUAAUAAUUUUGUUUCUAUUCGACUUUUAAACUUUUAAUACUUUUUAUAUUCUGUCAGGCUCUUCAUCAGAGUUCUAAAAGCCGAAUACUAAUUCAAUAGCUAUAAUUUAUUACUUCGCCUUAUAUAAUAUAUACCUAUUUUAAAUUGCAAUGUUUGAUACGAUUACCAUACCAAGCCAAUACCCAUACAUAGCAAUGCUUUGCUUGACACCGGGAAAGACGUAGAUCCGGGGUUGUUGUCUGGUGUUCAUAGUCAUUAGUCGUAUGAGAAUAUUUAUUAUUAAAAUUUAAACUUUCAUUAAAUAUUAUAUCUAGAUAUAUUACGUUAUUUCGUCGUGUUAUUACAACUCCUUAUACUUAUACUACCACGACUUAUUGAAUUUAGAACUAUUAUAAAAAAGUUAUUCAUGUAUAUAAAGUCAAAUUAAAUUUGAAUUAGAUUCCACACGCUACAUAUUGAAUAUUUAAUUAAAUUUUUUUUUUUUAAUUAAAGUAAUUCUAUUUAUUAUCUGUUAAGAUUGUAGGUUUCCGUAAUCAAUAGCAAAACUGUGAUUACUCUGAGACUACUUACCGUAUCUGUCAUAUUUUGUCUAAACGAUUUAAUUGCGAUCCUAAAGGUUUAGUAAUUUUGUUUUUCUUUUCUUGACUUCUAAAGGCUCGAGGCUAAUAAAGUCAUGGCUGCUUAAACAAAAAGAUAAAAACUUAGGUACACCUAACAUUUCUGAAAUCGUUAUGAGUACUAAAAAUCUCUAUUCAAGUUCUCAGAUUGGAAAGGAGGACUAAUAAUUGAAUUUUAGUUUUAAUUCAGAAUGUUUGUGUGAAUGUAGAUUUUUUGUACAAAAGAUUAGGUAGCUGAUAGAGGUAUGAUAGCAAAUUAUAAAAAUUCAAAAUAUAGUUUUUUGUUGUAAAAUAACACUAUUUUUGGCACAAUAUAGUUUUUAUAAAUUAAAGUUUUUAUACUUAAUUGACGUUUAUUUUGUGAUUUCGCUUAUCA